AUGUACAAUCACUCCAAUAUAUCGUACACCAAUACAAAUAGUUUAAACCGAUAGGAAUUGCAAGAGUUUAGAAACUAUGUGCGCAAGACAGCAUAAGCUAAGAUGGAUGGGACAGAAGACAAAUCAAGAUAAAUUGCAAAAACUUUUCAUAUGGAUCACAAAAAUUUGAUGUCAUUAAAUUAGAGUCCAUUACAAAGUAAGAAGUUACAUGUAGAUCAUGACAUAUCAUAACAUCACCAUCUAGCAUCAUUAUCAGAUUGGAAGAAAUUUGAUAGAUCUACAUCAUAAAGUUAUGUCUCCUUUGAUGCCAAUACCUGGAAAGAGGAUUAAAACAGUAUGAGAUAAAGAAAGUUGUAAACACCAUCUUUGAAUGCAGCUGAUUUGAUCAAAGUUAACAGAACACUUUCAGGGUUGAGUACAAAAGAAAUCUAAAACCUAAGUGGCCAAUAUUAUCAUUAGAUUUAAGAGUUAGAACACACAGUAAGUUCAAUGUUGAGAAGAAUAGAUUAUAUAUAAGCUUCCAAAACCAAUUAUUGAACAUAUUAUAAUGAUUAUAUUAUAAAUUGAGAGA